AAUGGAGUUCCGAAUUCAUCAGUGAUGUCACCGCCAGUGGUGGUCAGCCCGAAGAGAGGGCGACCCAAAGGAGUGAAAAAUAAAGCAACUCUUGAAAAGAUGAGACUCGAAGAAUUGAGAGCAAUGGCUGCCUCGCCUUCCACUCCGUUGGUUAUAUCGCCGCCAGAAUUACUGAUUACUUCGGAUCCAAACAACAAUAAGAUGUUGAAGAAAGUGAAGACCAGUCUUGAGAACCAAUAUAAGGAAGAAAUAAAACAAUUGAAGAAAGAUUUGGAAACAGUUAAGCAAUUGAAUUAUAGACUUCAGAAUGAAGUGAGAAAAUUGAGGUCAGAAUCUCAUGACAGUCAAGAGAUGAGUGCUUUGAAUGAAAGACAUUUGAUGGAGAUCUCGCAAAUCAAAAAGAAGCAAUGGUGUUUUAAUUGCGAAGCAGAAGCAAUAUAUUUUUGCUGUUGGAAUACGAGCUACUGUUCCACUACAUGUCAACAACAGCACUGGCAUUCAGGACAUAAGAAGACCUGUCGCCGAAAUGCGGCCAAACGCUAGACACUAAUCAAUAACUCGUUCACUCAUUUGCACCUAAAUGACAGUAUAUUAUCAUCAAUGAAAGAUCACUUUUAUAAAAAGU